AUGGCCACAACACGGAGCCUACGCAUUCCCGCCAUUCUCGAUGAUAACGAGGGUUCUACACCAAAUCCGGACACAGAGGGUAACAUUGACCCUCAUCACACCACUGUGGCAGAGCCAUCCGUGGUUCCCGGAGCUCCUGGAACUGUCGAAGAAGGAUCCCCUCCUCCUGCCAGAUACUCCAACCAUUCUCAGGAACCCGAUGGGACACCCCCAUCCACUGGUCCAGGAAGAUCGUCUUCCUUUAGUGGCCUGGACUCUUUCAGUGGUUCCUGGCGAACCGAAGAUUUAUUGCAGGAAACUAAGGAUCUCCUAUGGGAUUCAUGGGCACCAGGAACAAGAAGAACCCCAACUCUGUGUGGUCUCUACUCUCCGUCAAUACGUGGAAGCUACCGCGACGUUGCGGAAUACUUCCAAUCGUCAACUUCUUAUCUCCUACGUCUGCCCCUACGCUCCAGUCUCGGUCACGACGUUGGCCAGAUGGGUGAACUACAAAACUCUAUUGACCUUUUUACUGAAGCCAUAAAACUGAACCCCCUCACUGCCAUUUUAUAUGCAAAACGAGCGAGUGUAUAUGUAAUGUUACAGAGGCCAAAUGCAGCAAUCAGAGACUGCAACAGAGCUAUUGUUAUCAAUCCUGAUUCAGCACAGCCAUAUAAGUGGAGAGGAAAGGCGCAUCGACUCCUUGGACACUGGGAAGAGGCUGCACGCGAUCUAGCAAUGGCGUGCAAACUAGAUUAUGAUGAAGAUGCAAGUGUUAUGCUGAAGGAGGUGCAACCAAGGGCACAAAAGAUUGCAGAGCAUCGCAGAAAAUAUGAAAGGAAACAGGCGGAGAGAGAAAUCAGUGAGAAAAGGGAACGACUGAAGACAGCACAAGAAAAACGUGAGCGAUUACAAAAAGAAGAAGAAUCUAGACCUCGUUCAGAUUUUCCAGGUUUUCCUAGUGGCUUGGGAGGAAUGGCAGGGAUGCCUGGUGUCAGUGAAAUACUUUCUGAUCCUGAAGUAUUGGCCGCAAUGCAAGACCCAGAGGUCAUGUCUGCAUUUCAGGAUGUGGCUCAGAACCCCGCCAAUAUAUCAAAGUACCAGGGAAAUCCUAAGGUGAUGAAUCUGAUCAGCAAACUGUCAAGUAAAUUUGGAGCCAAUGCGUAGCUUUCUCUCCAGAUCCUCAGACACCCACAUCAGAGAUGCUUAAAUGGAUAUAACAUUAUGGUUUUCCAUGACCCGUCUUGAUAUUCUAGAUAUGAGCACUAUCAUUAUUAUAUUGUAUGACUUAACUGCUUGGAUAUCACAGUCACUACCUUCCUUUGUAAAAUAUCAAGCCAUCCAAAAAUUUGCAACCUGUGGGAUAACUUGAGUGUUGCUAUCAAAACAUAUUGAAGAUGCAAUAAAAAAAAAGUUGAUUGUU